UGAAAUUUAUUGCUCGGUAAACUGUAGUUUUUAUUUGCAUUUUGGCAUAUUUAAUAAUAUUAGUUCCUAUGAAGUCAAUAGAAAAAGACGGACGGGAAUUCGAAGAAAUAGGCGAUACCCAAGUAGAUGAAACAGUGGCCCCAGACACACAACUUAAUUCUGAAAAUAUGGACGGAGACGCGAAAAAAACACAAAUUUAUUCAAGUAAUAACAGAUUAAGACAUGGUAAUGCAGGGUACCUCAAAUAUGUAAGCUUGGUUGUACUCACCAUACAGAAUGCAGCGCUCGGUCUCAGCAUGAGAUAUGCACGUACAAGGGAUGUAGUCAUGUUUUCAUCAGCAGCAGCUGUAUUCAUGGCAGAGAUUGUCAAAUUAUUAAUAUGCAUUUUACUUGUGAUGAAAGAAUCAGGAAAUGUAAAAAAAGGUUUCCAUACAAUGUAUGCAACUGUUGUAUUGAACAUUAAAGAUACAUUGCGAGUUUGUGUGCCAUCAUUUUUAUAUGUAGUCCAGAAUAAUUUGCUCUAUGUUUCUGCUUCUAAUUUGGACGCCGCUACAUAUCAGGUUACGUACCAGUUGAAGUUACUUACGACAGCAUUCUUUGCUGUGAUUGUUUUAAAAAGAAAAUUGAAAAGAUGGCAGUGGUGCGCUCUCGGCUUACUGGCGGGAGGAGUUGCGCUAGUGCAGCUGUCGUCAGCCGCGAAGGAAACAAAAACAACGGCUAAUUUGCAAGAUCAAUCUAAAGUGAUUGGGUUUAGCGCAGCUUUAGCGGCCUGCUUUAUAUCUGGAUUUGCUGGAAUUUACUUUGAAAAAGUGCUGAAGGAAUCUGACAUAUCUGUUUGGAUGCGAAAUGUGCAGCUAAGUUUAUUAUCGUUGCCGUUUGCUGCAAUCACAUAUCUCAUAAAAGAUCCUGCGAAGGAUUUAUUGAAAGGAUUCGAUGGUUUCGUUUGGUAUUUAGUUGUAUUGCAAGCGGCCGGCGGUUUGAUUGUGGCCGUUGUGGUCAAAUAUGCCGAUAACAUAUUGAAGGGUUUCGCAACAUCCGUCGCUAUUGUCAUAUCAUGUGUUGCCUCGAUGUAUAUAUUCGACUUCCAUUUGACUGUACAAUUCGCUUUAGGCACAGUAUUGGUAAUAGGCUCCAUAUUUUUGUAUGGAUAUGUUCCUAAAAAGAAAGAACCUCGUACAUCUUUGAGUGUAUGACAUUAUUUUUAUACCGAGUUCGUAUUAUUUUAUCGAUAUAUUUGUAAAUAUAGUAUUGCCAGCUAGUACUAAAUUGUACUUAAUUUCCGUCGGUUUUUUUUUAAUUAAUUAGAUUGACUA